GUAGCAUCGAAGCUGUUAUUAUUGCGCAACAACGAGAAGUCGGCUUCGUAGGAGAGAUCGCGCGGGCGCGCCUGUCAGACCUUUGAAGGACCAAGGCUCUCCUGAUCUGUGCGGAGGAACGAGAUGCACGCGGACAGCAUAUGGGCAUGAGAAUGUCCAGGGAAUGCUUCACGUCGAACUCAAUGAGGAGAGAAGACGCGAAAGCGGGCUUGAACCCGUUCAGCUGAGAUGCUGUCUCUUCUUCAUCCUCUGAUACUUCCCCUCUAAUCUCCAAUAUGACGACGCAAACAUCGAUACCAUCAGUAUUACUCGUCCUCCAAGGCGCUCUCAACACCACACUCGGACUCUAUGGCAUCCUACGACCAGCCGACUGGAUGACACGAGUAGCAGAGAAGUUCGGCGGCAGUAUACCUCCAGCUGUAGGCCACACAUUGAGGUAGAUCCUGAUGCGAGGAGUCUAGAUGGUUCUCUUCCCAGCUAAACGCAAGACCUACAGCCUACAGCUUUUGAACAUGGGCCUCUUCACGCUUCUCGCCGCCAGUCGACCGAGUUUACAUCGCCGAGUACUGAUUGCAAGAGCUUUUGUCCAUCUUCUGACGGGAUUUCUGUUCCUGAAAGAGAGUGUCGCGUUGAAAGAUACUGCUUGGAUUGAGAUUGGGUUUGGGGUGGGUAAUUUGGUUGCGCUUUUGUUUGGGAGAGGCAGUGGGUUGCGGUGAAAGAGAUCGUCUACGAUAAUUAUGCGGCAGUGUCU